CGAGAAGCCUGAAGUUUUUGACGGAAGCUCACCGUCAGUGGGGAAACAUGAAGGGUUUCUCAAGUACAGUCCUCGCAAUUUCGAACAACAUCUCUUACUCGGCGACAGAGAUAAUAACGUCGACUCGAAGUUGUACCGCUGCAGGCAGCAUGUGCAUACCACCAUGUCCAAAGUCUUUCACCACCAGGAGGAUGAGCCGCGGCUGACAGGUCGUGCAGAUCGCAUGGUCGGAUGCGCACAAGCAUAUAGGGCACAGGAACUAGCAGUCCGACCGAUGGCUUCUCAGCGUGACAUUUGGCAAGGAGCAACUGAUAGGACGCGCGACGUUGCGAUGUUGCAGGAAGCAAACCGAAGUCGGCGCCUGGGUGCUGG